UCUGCAAAAUGACGUCAGAUUUUGUUGGACAUACACGAUCUUUGUUUAGCGUGCAGGAAGUCAGCAGCAGGUGCCACCGGAAGUGUGUGAGGUCUUUGCAAGGGAGCUAACGGCAUUUGAUUGCAAGAAGCCGCUGAAUAAUAACAACGGAAGAAAACCAACGUAUAAUGUCAUCAGAUCUUCAGAUGUCUACUGAUAAAAUGAGUGCUGCUGUACCCAACCACCGGAGGACUAAGCCUGGAGGAAUUAAGACUGCGGUUGUGGUCGAGGGUGCCACUGGGCCAACAUCCCAGAUCCCAGGUCUGUCCCAGACUGCCGAUGAAACCUCCCCUCAGGAGAGGAACAGCGGGCGGAGGGUCGGGAUCUUUGCUUCAGACUCGGACUAUACCAAACUCGCAAAGGGGGGUGGACACAAAGGACUGCUGAGUCAUGAGAAUGACAAUAAUGAUCUACCCAAGAAGGCCUACAAUCCAUCCAACUUCUUCGGGAGCAAUGGGUCAAAGAACGGGAGCAAAGCAACGUCUCCCGACAGCCAGAUGAAGGCGGGCAUGCAGCCUCUUGCUGCACCGUUUGGCACUGAUAACGGUUCCGAUUGGGAAAAAGACAAUAGAUUUUCCCCUGAUAAAGAGCAGAUGUCUCCCGAUGGAGUUGCCGAUGAGUUGGGUGGUCUGAUCGUGACCAGCCAAUACAAGAAAACGAAUUACGAGAAGAAAACUCCCCCUGUCAGCAUGACCAAACUGCUGAGUCAUGGUUACAUUGAGAAGAAGACUCCUAAUAAUGACGACGACGCAUCAAGCGUGACUUCAGAACAGACCAGCACCACCAUGACGGAGGACGUGGAAGAUCUGGAGUAGUGCACGUUGUGCUCUGAAGGGAGAGGGGGCUCGUCCUAACACUAGUUCUUGGUUUCCACAGAUCCACGAACACAUCACCCCCCCUCUCAGAUUCACUCAUUAAUUGUACAUCCACUGACUGUUAGGUUUUGUACUCGUGGUUAUGCAAAAGGUACGGUCCUCUAUUUAUUUGCGUUAAUUUGUAAAAAUUCACCCGGAUUUUGUUGAGUAGAUGUUUCGGUGCUCGCGGUAUUUUCUUUUUUUUAAUUUCUGUGUUGUCGUUGCUCGAUUUGAAAGACGGGUUGUGCACAGGGCAGGAAACUAACUCAACGAAACACUGGCUGAGUGAAAACCCCCAGCUGUUUCACUCGCCAGUUUGAGUUUAAAGUGGAGUUCAUCUCCCCAGCCGGAUUAAGUCCACCUGCUUUUGGCUGGUGUUAGUUUCCCUCCCUGGUUGUAUGAAGAUCGAGUUGGUGAAUUGAAAGUGUUUGUGCUAAUGAAAUGUGGUUACAGUGACGUGGAAUAUUAUUUGUUUAGAUGAAGGGCUCUGUGAAGAGAAGUCAGAUGGUUGUGUGUUUCCGGCUGCAGGGGUGGAGAGGAUUCCCCCCCCCCCCCCGCUUGCAAAGUGCAUACUGAUGGUCGCAGCAGCCCUGUUUGUUUGGUAGAAAAGCGCCAAUAAUAACUCCUUACGUUCUGCUUUGCAAAAGGUUGCCCUUCUUAACACUCCCCGGACUAAUGUGUUCAUUUUGACUCCCUAAAAUCUAAGAAAUAUGCCUUAUUUGAUUGUGCAAGCUGCAUUGUUAUGCUGCUUUUAGUCCAAUAAUUAGAAUACAAGCCCUUUAAGAAGACGCCUAGUAAUGAAACACUAAAUUACCUUAAAAGAUGUUUACAAGUCACCAGAAGAGGGUGAAUCCAUUCUGUUGCUGCAAUAUGAAUUUUCUCGUCUUUACCAGAAAGUGAAUCAGUAAUAAUGCCAAGUGCGUCAGAAGCUAAUGAAGGAACUAGAUUGGGUCUCCUCUACGUUUUAAAGCCCUUCAGUGUUAUGUUAUUGCAUUCCCGUUCAGCCGAAUAGACCCCAAGCUCAUGCAACAACAGAUAAGGAGUUCUUUGAAAUGUAGGGAGAACGGCCACCUUCAGCACAAGUAAUUCCCUGUGAAGAUUAAGGCAGUUUUAACGUGAGUUCUGAACAUGCCAACCAAGCAGUUUUUCCCUGCUCUUGCAGUGUUUUUUUUCAGUAGGAUAACUUAGCGUUAGCCUCACACCAAACCCACUGUCCCAUGUUUGUCCAUCUGAUGAGUUUAUUGGGCUCAGAUGAGACGUGUUUACUGCGGCAACAUUUCUGCAUUUGAAACAUUGAAAAUGUAUGAGCUGCUGGUCGUUUAGAUAAAAAACAUGUGAAUUAAGAAUGUGCCAUUUCCUUUUCUAAUCAUUCCAUUUAACUCGAAAACAUGAUCUAAAUGUAUUUUAAGUGUAUUUUAUUUGUAGCUAACACUGUCUAGAUCAUGGUCGGGCAAAUGUUUAUUUUUAACACUUUGAUCUCGAAAUGGAGAUUAAAUUGUUAACUUUGUGGUACUAUAAGGGUCUUGAAUUAAGUUGAAAGCUGCAAAAACAGUCAGCACUCUUCACCUUUUUUGUUUUUUAUUAUUGCUGGUGUAGAAGCCAGAUCGUUUUCCCCAUUAUGCUUUGAGUGCCCUCACAGUUGGCCAAACUACUCCCAAACCCUAGCAGACAGUAGAAAUAAUGUACCUCUUUAUCCUCGGCUUGUUCGUGGGGUAUUUUAGAAUUAUUCUGACUCAGGAUAUCUCACAAAGUCAAAACAUGUCUGUUACAUUUGAUGGACAGUUCAGCCUUGAGUCAUUACAUUUUUAGCUCGACUGAACUGACAGCAAAAUCCUAAUCCAACAAAUUGUAGAGCUGCAAAAAUGCUCUUAUGAAUGAAAAGGGAAAGUGAUUCAUUUGGGUGUAACAGUUCCUCCCAGAAAUGAUGCAGCAGUAACAAAGUCAUUUAAAAACUAUUAGCUUCAAAACUCUUACAGGAAGUGGUCAACACAGCUGUCCGGUUAAGGGUUGUCACUUUUAUUUCAACACUAUAUAUAUUUAAGCAUUGAUGCAUAAUGUAUCUGUAUGUGGUAUUAAAAAGUGUCAAGUGUCCAAAAUCGAUGCACUGGAUUUUGUUUUGGAUAUUGUUUGCUUUGCAGGAAAGGCUUAUUUGUAUGGAAUGUUAAUUAUACUGCAGUUUAAAAUAAUGUUUUGCUUCCUCUUCUCCCCGUGUGAGUUGGUUGUAUAUCAGUUUACAAACCGAUAGUGGGAAACUUUGGUGGCUUAACUCUGCAGCAUCCUCCCUCCAGUAUUCUCACUUGUUGUCGUCCCCUUGCUAUUGUAUCUGCAAGUGGUAUUAGUUUACUUUUAAAAUGCAAAUGUACCAGAAGAGUGUGAAGCAGCUUUUUAAACAGAAGUGUGUAGUGAGGAGAAAAUCCAUGUAAGACCCCGCUUAUCGUGAUGAUUGCACAGACUCUCAAUUAUAAUUUCAAUAAAUGGGCAUGUGCAUGUA